AUGGUGGUAUACCAAGCUGAUAGAAGAAGACAAGAAGUUAGUAAUGAAUCAGAACAAAAUGAUUAUUGGGUUAAAUUUCAAAGCAAAAAAUUAAAAAUGCUGGAAGAAGAACUUAAACUUGAAAAGGGGAGUUAUAUGUAG